AUGAUGUCCCAGUCUCUCAGAGCGUCGCGCUCUCUCUUCUCCCGCGUCUCUCGGCAACAGGUUUCCUCUGUUUCUCGCCGCACUUUCCUGACCUCCGCUGUCCGUCAGGCCGACCCUGUUCAGGAGCUCUACCUCCGCGAACUCCGUGCCUACAAGCCCACCCCCGUCAAGCCCGGUGACGCCGAUGCUCACGUCCAGAAGUUCGCUCCCCCGGCUGCCCCCCUGUCCCCCGAGGAGGCCAACCUCGCCAAUGAUCUGAAGUCCUACGAGAGCCAGGAGGUCGAGGUUGAGGGCCAGGCCGUCGCUGGUGAAGCUGCUCCCGUUGAGGAGAGCUGGUUUGUUGAGGAAGAGGAGGAGGCUCCCGCUGCCCACUAG